AAAGUGGAUGUUAGCGCCAUCUUCAGAGUGCCGCAAACGAAAUUAUUACAGGUACAGAUCGAUCUUAAAAUUCUCGUCUCGGUUUGCAAUUACGUUGAAAAACUCGAAAAGAUUAGCCGGAUAAUGGCGUCGUUGGAAUCGGCCGAUUUCCCGAACGAGCCUUGCUGUUGCUGCAGUUACAAUCCCUUCAAAGACACUUCCAAAGAGUCGGAGAUCCAGGACCUCUCGUUUGCCCUGAGGAAGCUCACGAUAAUGAAGUGUCAGAUGAAGAAGUGGCGAAUGGAAAGACUUCAGCUCGAGAGCGAAAAUAGGUCUCUGAAACAAACCCUCCAGACAUUCGGUAUCGAUGUAUGAUAUUUCGUAUCUUUCCCAUUCUCUCCCUAUCUCUCUUUCUCUCUUCUCUUUUCCUUUCUUCUCUCUCUGCUUCGACUAGCAGGUGGCUCGCGCGAAAUUGAUUAAUUGGAAUUCUGUACGGAUACCCUUUCGUUCGAGUUUCUCCUCGUUCCCUUAUGAAUUAGUCGUUUAGUAGGGGGUAGUCGUUCCGUGCAAUUAGCGCUGCAAAAAGCAGAACGGGUGAAAUUAUACACACCGGGUGUCUCGUUUAAUUUGAUUAGCUCGAAAUUGUUCCCAUGUUGUCGACAAUGCAAAUUAAUGCCUCGAAAUGAAUAUUAAGAUCGUUACGGGGAUUUAUGAGCAAUGUGCGGAAUUAUGAGCGGAAUAUUUUUAUAGAUAUCAUUUUGAACUCGAAAGUGAUCGACAAGAAAAUUGUACGAUCAUA